AGCCUCAAUAAAACAGUGUUCCUCUUAAACGUUUCACAUAACUUACAAUAAAUACGUGAGAUAAGUUCUGACGCUCAAAACUCAAAAGCUUUAUUCCGAAGUGGCUUUAACACUUUACAUAAAUAACAACAUGAAAGCUGCCGCGAUGUCUGUGUGGGUCUUCAUCAAUCUCCUAUGUUUUGGUAUGUGCGGAUAUCUCUAUCUAAUCUGGUCUCAAUAUUGGAUGUAUAUUGAGCGACAGAGGCUUUUUAACAAGUCGCCACCAAGCACCGUACAGCGGACGGGAACAGCGUUAACAGGCCAGGAUGUUUACAUGGGAAAAUACAACUCAAAUACACCGUCGAAUUAUACCCAACUUAAUUCUAUUCGUAAAAAUAGGAGAUCCGCAAUCGGAUCGUACUGGAGCGGUGCAGGACAGGCACAGGCGAAACCUUCUGGCUCGCCUGAUCGACCGUCCAAUAAUAUAGUGAGGAAAAGUCAAGGAAGCCCGAGAUUCCCGAACAUACACAAACCUAUACUGGAGUUCGACAGCGAUAGAUAUAUGUGCGAUGACUACCUCAGCGAGACUUGUGAGAGUCAAACAGCGGAAUUUAGACAGCUGCUGCUGAAAGAGUUCCAUCGAGUUUUGAUGGCUGAAAGUAAAGUUUUCCGGUCGGGUUUAGAUUCGCAGAAUCAUUAUGACGUGAAAUACGAAAAUGCGAAUCGAAAAGAGCUUUCCAAAGAGGAAGUUCUAUGUGCCCUGAAGCGAGUUGCUGUCCAGACUGUGACUUCUAAUGAUGAGCCUUUUGCGAGACUUGGGUUUCACAUAGCUGAUAAUGCUCUACAAGAAAAUAGAGCCUUCAACACGUGCGCGGUAGUCACCAAUGCUGGAGCGUUACUGGGCUCACGUUUAGGAGAAUUCAUAGAUUCCCACGACAUGGUGCUGCGGUUUAACAAUGCACCGACGGUCAACUAUACUGAUGACGUUGGAUCGAAAACCACAUUUCGCGUGCUCAAUUCACAGGUAGUAACCAAGCCGGAAUUUAAAUUCCUUGAAGACCCUUUGUACAGAGGAAUUUCCAUAUUAAUCUGGGACCCAGCGAACUACUCGUCGACAUUGGAAGACUGGUACUAUCACCCUGACUUCCCAUUGUUUCCUGUCUAUAAGAGAUUACUGGAUACGAGACCGGAGGCCGAUGUUCAUCUGUUGAAACCACAAGUCCUUUGGGAUCUCUGGGCUGUGCUGCAGGAUUCAUCGCCUUAUAGACUUAGAAGGAAUCCUCCAUCGUCAGGUUUCAUAGGGCUAUGGUUCGCACUACAGAGGUGCAACCGAGUAAGGGCAUUUGAGUACGUGCCCUCUGCGCGUGCGACACGUCGCUGCCACUACUACUCGACGCACGACGAUCCUGCGUGCACGCUGGGUGCAUGGCAUCCUCUCGCCCAAGAGAAAGCCCUGGCCGAGCGGCUCAGAGACAACUCCGACCUCAACGUCUUUCAGAGAGGGUUCAUUGAUUUACCUGGGUUGUGGCAUGCAGUUUGCUAGGUUAAUGGAUUUUUUUGUGACUUUUAACUCAUCCUGACUUACUAGUAAGGGUCAACGUUGUCAUUAAGAUAUUGUGUGAGAGCCACAUGGCUCUAGGUUUCCUUGUAUGGCCCAUAUUCUAGCUAGACCUUAUGAAUACCCGAUGUAGAGAUCUAGAAUGAGACUUAAAAAUAGAGCUCAAUAUUAAGCACAAUUUUUGUGUAAUCAAGGUUAAGAAGACUACUUCUUAGUUAUUUAUAGCUCUUUUUUUAGUGUACUCGUAUAAUACGUCUCAGUCUCCUGGUGGCAUAUUAUACGUAUAAAUGAUCUCUUGCUGCCAAAUAACAUUUUUAUAUAGGUAAGCUAUUGAAUUUGU